GAGUCUGCAGAUGCCCUGCAAAAUGCUCCCAGGUACUGCUGUGUGAAUGAAAUGAUGAAAUCAACAGUUUGGCGUCAGACACUGUCAACAAAUAGAGGCAGAGAUAACGAAGAGGGAGGGAGGAGUAGAAAGAGAAGGAGUUAAAGAAAAGAGGAUGUGGCCCACAGUAAAAGAUGACUGGAGGGGAGUGGAGCUCUCUGUCUAAUUAUAGAUUGUGCUGUUAGCUGGCUGAUGCAGAAGUGCUACUGGGGUUUUCACAUAGCCGGAAAAAUACAAGACAAACACAGAUUCUCCAGUGGCAGUGCCGGCGUUGUGUGCAGCCGCCUUGUUUCCCAUGGACCUCAGGGUGGGAGAGCGGGGGAUGCGUCCGGGUUCGGACACGGCGCUCUUCACCCCACUGCACCCACCUUUACUCCUCACCCAGUUCCCCUCUCAGCCCUGCACCACCUUCUCCCAACAGCAACUGCACCAACAAAUCAGGUUUAACGUGGAGCAGAGGAGGAGAGAGCAGGAGCAACAUGAGAAGCAGCAGGAGUUACAGCAGCUGAAACACAAAGACAAGAGCCAACAAAGUGCAGUAGCCAGUUCCCUGGUGAAACAGAAACUGCAGGAGGUGAUUCUUAAUAAGCGCAAACAGGCAGCACAGGAAAGAACAAGCUCAAACACCCUGACUCCAGCUCCUGUGGCGUACAGAAAUUUGGGCCCAGACCCAAGUGUAUCCUCCCAGCCCUUGGUCCCAUCACCGUCCCAGCCUUCGCCCGAGGGUUCAGAAGGGACGCCGCUACGCAGAGCCGCGUCUGAGCCCAACCUGAAGGUGAAACAUAAGCUGAAGAAACACCUCAACACCCGCAAGAGCCCUCUCACCAGAAAAGAGAGUGCCCCGCCCACUGUCAAACACCGAGUGCCUGACACACUGGACUCGUCCCCCAGCAGCAGUAGCACUCCGGUCUCUGGCUGCAGUUCACCAAAUGACAGCCUGCCCAAUGAGAAUGGGCUGGUGCCCUCUGCAGGCGGCCUCUCGCAUGAGGCCCAGAAGCUGCUGCUCAGAGAUGGCACUUUGGCAAACUUCACCAUCCACAGCCCCUCCACUCUCCCCACCAUCACACUGGGACUACCAGCCAAUGCAAGGGUGGAAGGCGAGCUGUCCUCUCUGAAGGUCGGCCGUGUGCCGGUGCUCACGGCGGGUGGCUCGCAGGUCUUCCUCCCCCUGAGCAGAGAAGAUCAGGCUGGACACCCUCACCUGCCUGUCAUCAUCCUGGAGCCCUCUGCCCUGGUGCACACUCCGCUACUCACUGUUCCCGGAUUAGACUCCGUCCCGUUGCAGUUCGCCUCUCAGUUGGACCACCUGUCUCCUGGAGGCUCUCAGCCCCACAAACCCUUGAGCAGGACCCGCUCGGAGCCCCUUCCCCAGAGCCCAAGAACCCUCCACACACAUCUCCUCCAACAACAGCACAAUACACAACUACUGGAGAGGCUCAAACAGCAAACUCACCUCGGCAAGCUCAUGUCCAAGUCCAGCGAGAAGCCCAGACUGCAUCAGAUCCCCUCUGAGGACAUGGACUCAGAGGACGGUGGUGGGAUGUCGCCCACAGAGCCUACCUAUCAGAGCAGAGUGAGGGCAGAGUCACUGAGGGAGGCGGAGCCUGUGGCAUCCAAUAACCAUGAAGAGCAAAUUAACCUGCAACAUGCACUCAUACUCAACCAGUCACUGUUAUGGGAACAGCAGAAGCAGCUGCAGCAGCUGCAUCGACAGAUGGAGACCCUGGCGGUGCCCAUGCUACGCAGCGGUGGUGGCGGGGUGGGCAGCAGCUUGGGCGUCCAUCGCCCCCUGUCGCGUACACAAUCAUCCCCGGCCUCGACCUCUCUCACUCUGCCUGAGAAGACACUGAGUUUGCCCCCUCAGGACACCAGCAGCAAAUCACACUUUACCACUGGUCUGGUGUAUGACUCCCAAAUGCUGAAGCAUCAGUGCACAUGUGGAGACAACAGCAGUCACCCCGAGCAUGCUGGGAGAAUACAGAGCAUCUGGUCUCGACUACAGGAGAGAGGCCUGCGUGGACAGUGUGAGAGUAUCCGUGGUCGUAAAGCAACGCUGGAGGAGCUGCAGUCGGUCCAUACUGAGCGCCAUGUGUUGCUGUACGGCACCAACCCACUCAACAGACUCAAGCUGGAUAACCGCAAACUGGCAGGAAUCCUCUCCCAGAGAAUGUUUGUGAUGUUGCCAUGUGGGGGAGUAGGAGUUGACAAUGACACCAUCUGGAACGAGUCGCACACCUCCACGGCGUCACGCAUGGCGGCAGGCAGCGUCGUUGAGCUGGCCCACAGAGUGGCCAAAGGAGAACUGAAGAACGGCUUUGCUGUGGUCAGACCACCAGGACAUCACGCAGACCCCUCCAAUCCAAUGGGUUUUUGCUACUUCAAUUCAGUGGCAAUAGCCGCCAAGCAGCUUCAGCUCAAGCUCAGUGUCAGCAAGAUCCUCAUUGUUGACUGGGAUGUUCACCACGGUAACGGUACCCAAGAAGUGUUCUACAGCGACCCCAGCGUUCUCUACAUCUCGCUUCAUCGCUACGACGAUGGGAACUUCUUCCCCGGCAGUGGGUCGCCUGCUGAGGUUGGUUCCGGAGCAGGUGAGGGCUUCAACGUCAACGUGGCGUGGACUGGAGGACUGGACCCGCCCAUGGGAGAUGCUGAGUACCUGGCUGCAUUCAGGUCUGUGGUGAUGCCCAUCGCCCAGGAGUUCUCCCCCGAUGUCGUGCUGGUGUCGGCCGGAUUUGAUGCCGCUGAGGGAAACCCCGCUCCUCUGGGAGGGUACAAGGUCUCCGCCAAAUGUUUCAGCUUCCUGACCCGUCAGCUGAUGUCUCUGGCAGGCGGUCGUGUGGUCUUGUCCCUUGAGGGAGGUCACGACCUGACCGCUAUCUGUGACGCAUCUGAAGCCUGUGUCAGUGCUCUUCUGGGUAUACAGGAGCCGCUGUCAGAGGACGUGCUACUUCAGAAGCCCAACGCUAACGCAGUGCAGUCGCUGCAGACUGUCAUACAGAGACAAAGUCAGUACUGGCAGAGUGUGAAGGCUCAGAGUGGAUCAGUGGGUCUGUCCUACCUGGCCGCUCAGAGGAGAGACUGUGAGGAAACGGAUGCGGUCAAUGCUCUGGCCUCGCUCUCUGUGGGAGUUCUCUCCAACAAGAGCCUCCCCGACGAGCCGAUGGAGCACGACAGUGACUCCAUGUAGACGAAGACGACCAAUCACCUCACAGAGUUUCGUCACAGGGGUCCAAACCUGUAGCCUCAGCUCCCUUGUGCAGUCACAUCGUCACGUCGCCACGACGGUGGACGCUUUUGUAAUACCUGAGCCCCACCCAUCUGCCUUAUUCACCACACACACACACACACACGCACACGCAAGCAAGAACAUUCACCGACACACAAUGCUGAACCUCUACAGACCUGACAUGUGAUUCCACCUCAAUGCUGGUAACCUCUCAGAUGGAGCCAGCAGCAGCAGCAGCAGCAGCACUACCUGCAGCUGGGAAACCUUCUAAAACCUCACCAAAGAGCAAUACAAAAAACAAAAAAAGAAGAAGAACAUUCACGUGUGCUGACUUACAUUGGAUUGUGUGUGUGUAUGUUCAGAGGUGCAGAUCCACAGCUCUGUGACCAUAAAAAACGUAUAGGAAGAAACUGAAUUCAAGCGGAGCUCUGGUUCUUUCUUGAAGCACUAUAUACCAGCAGCUGUUUCAUUGCCUUAAUCUCUGCCUGAAGAUGAGGACCAAGAGUCGGGGUCCAGAAGGAGACGAUGAGACGUUGGAUUACGAGUUAUUUUCUCUUGUGCCACAUUGCCUCCCAUGUCUCAGUUGAAGCAGCUGUCACCAAGUGGGACACAAAAUGGCCGACACAGAAUGAACCUACUGUAUGAUGUGGAGUGAAAAUCAUAUUCCAUAUGUACUCGCAAUACUAAUGGAUCAAAUGCAAAAAAAAGUGUAAGCUGAGAAGAAGCAGCCACAUCUAAACGAGUAUGGAAAGGUGUUUUUUUUUUUGUUUGUUUUGUUUUUUAAAUGACGUCACGACAUAUAGUUUAACCACUAAAAGAAGACGACAGAGAAUGCGAGGGACGGAGAGAACAUGAAGACACAAUGUGCACCACUGUGGUUUUGUAGACACAAAGAAAAGGGCUCAUGUCCUCGUUGUUUAAUUGCACUGUUCAUUCCAUAAUGUGAACCGUAUGAAAUUCCAAAUCUCUGGGAAAAAAACAUCACACACACACACACACACACACCUCCUCUCUCUAGGUUAUUUAAUAGUUUUUGAAGAUCUGGAAGGAAUGGUGUUUGCUAAUUUCCCAUGUCUUAUGAAGCCUCUAAGGAGACGUAAAUACUGUGCAGUGGUAUUUCCUAUGAAGUAUAUUUUUUUUUCACUCCUCCUAAGUGUCUUACUGCACACACACACACUUUACACAAACCUUUACAUACAUGUACAAAGCAAGGGCAAACUAUGGAAGUACCGCGCGUAAUGAAUACUGUACGUCACUGUUUAUGUUUGAGACUAAAGGAGCAUUCCUUCCACCGGGACACCACUGAGGACCAUUGUAUUGUUCUAUGGUGGCGAUGAUGUUAACGCACUUAAUGGACAUCACCCAAAGAAAACUGCCUUGAAACAGCCCCCGACCUUGGCAACGGGACUGUAUAUGCAGAGCAGCGCGAGGGACCAGUCUGAACAGUGCUCUUACAGUGAACCUGUGGAUUUCCUACAGUAUAUGCAGACUUUUUGAUGAUGAGUACCGUGGCCUUGUCUGGGUUUAAUGUUUUCUUCAUUGUCUUAAAAAAAAAUAGUUCCAGGUUGAAUCGCAGUCCAACUAAUGAAAUGAAUUCCUUUUGUUUGCGAGUGUUUUUUGUGCGUGACUCUUGUGUGCAGCCGUUCCUCUCGUCGCGCUCAGGCCCGACAAAUCAGGCUACAGUAGCGCCUUUCGUCGUCUUUGCAGUACAUUGAAAGACUUUUGUGAGCGCCCUGCCGCGAGGGCAUGUAAGGGCUCUGCUCUUAGUUUAUUAUGUAGUGAAAAAAAAGUUUCAUGCACACUAGGUUGGACCAAUUUAGUUUCUCUUUGAAUUAUGGCUGCACAUAGCUGCAUCUAAAUAGAUGAAUUAAAUUAGAAUUUCCCAUCCCUUUGUUAUACUUCACUUCUAAAGCUGCAUUUAGACACUAAAGGUUCAUUCUAAUGAAACCAAGACUCAUGAAUUUCAUAUUUUACUCGUACUGCUUUCACAGCUUAGAGUUUUCCUUUGACUUUGUAAUCCAAGCAGCACAGUUGAAUUUGUACCUCUUGUUGACAGUUUGGAUAAAGAGAGACUUAAGUUAGUGCAGCUUCUGUAACACAAGGACUGAAAUCAGUGCAGUCUGCACAGCAAGUUCAUUCCACCUGCAUGCUGCAAGGACCUGAACAUCAGUAGUGAUGAGUUUUCAGUUUUCUCACCGUCAGACCCUCGACAGAGUCUGCCCAACAGACAGCCUCAGAGCUUUUUAUCGUUAGACACGGGAACAGCAGGUCCCUCCGUGGAACCUCUGCUCUUUCACCACCGCUCCGACAGGUAUUCUAUAACUGAGUGUGACCCAAGAGUGUGCCACUCUUUUCGUUUUUUUGUUCAUAGUGUUCAUUCAGUCUUACACAGCAGGUGUCAAUGAAGUCAAUGUCCCUGUAUGUGUGUGUGUGAGUGAGUGAGUGAGAGAGAGAAUGAGUACGUAUGUAAACUUCCAUGUUUUGUGUAUGCACCUGCGAGUAUGUUAGUGUGUGUGUGUGAUACUGUAAGUGACCUCUCCUUCCUGUAUUAUAUCCCAAGUAGCUGUUUCUUUUGUUGACUUAUGUAGAGGCCAGUGCUGCCUCAGCUCUUAAUUGUAAAUAGAAACUCCCAAGACCAAAAUACACAUGUCACACAUGUGCCUUGAUGCAUUCGGCAGCAUGUGUAUUGGUAACUCUUAACUAACUGGACUUACAGUAACUCUGUAUAUCUAUAAACGUGACAUUGAAAUCUUUA